AUGGCAGCCGCAGUCAAAUGGGGUCAGCCUAUCAAGGGUAUCAACGUGAGAUACCUUUUGGUUCUCAGACUCAGUGCAGCGGAGACUUGGAAGAGGAAUGAACGUCACUAUGUUGAAAGUUUUAUCCUCGCCAAAGGAGUCCAGAGACUGGGAAUCAGCAGAUUUACACGAGAGGAAUUUUGGUGGUACAGCUUUGUGAUUGGGCUCGUGGUGGCGCUUAUUCAACGGAAUUGGAAUGUGAACGCGCAUUGA